UGGAGAUGGAGCGUGUAAUAUAAGGAGAAAUCAUGAUUAAGGACCGUCUUGUCAACUUCAUCAACGAGUACGUGGGUGGGUUUGUGGAGAACAUUAACCAUGACAACCUGAACUACAGCGUGUUAAAAGGCAAAGUAGAGUUGACGGACUUGGUGCUUAAGCCCAGUGCUUUGGAGGAUGCCCUUACUCUUCAGCUGGGAAAGGAGCAAGCCUUUGAGGUCAAGGUCGGACAUCUAGAUUACAUUCGCCUAUCCAUACCAUGGGGGAACCUGUUUGGGGGAACAGAAGUCCGUCUGGAGCUGGACGGACUCUACAUCCUACUGAGUCCUGUCUCCAUGGAUACCUACAACAAAGAAAGGGUAGAGGAGAUAGAGCAGAAACUCAAACAGGCCAUGCUGAAGGCGCUCGAUCCCUCAGUCAUACAGAAAGUGUCCAAGGAAGCAGAGAAGCACCCUGGUCUGUUUGAGAAGAUUGGGAAGUACAUCCUCAAUAACAUUCAGAUCAAGAUAAGCAAUGUCCAUGUGCGAUAUGAGGACAUUGUUUCCAAUCCUGGUAAACCUUUUGCUGCAGGAGGAAUUCUGGGAGGGCUGUAUGUGUUCACAACAAACGACAGAUGGGAGGAAGUGGAGCUCGACAGCUCGGCAAAAAUCCUACACAAGCUAGGGAGGAUCUCAGAUUUUUCCCUGUACUGGAACUCCCGGGUUAGCAGCAGUGACCUUGUAGGGGACACAGGUCUGGUUCAGUCCGGGGGCUGGAAGAAUCUAUUGAAACAGUCCAUCAGAUCCAAGAUGAUUUCAGCAGACAAAUUUUCCCCAGUACUGACCCCAUUUUCAGCAGAGGCCAAGGUCAUUUUGUACAACAUUGAUGACUACAAGAUGCCAAAGAUCUACAUAAAGCUGUCUGUGCAGGACGCGGAGGCCAGGAUGUCCCGAAGUCAGUAUGUGAGUGCAACACAGUGGUUAGAGUUUUCCAAAAGGUUGGAUGUAAAUCGACGAUAUCGUAAGUUCCGGCCGACAUCCUCCGUGAAGUCGAGUGUGAAGUCAUGGUGGAGGUAUGCCUAUGAAUCGGUAUUGGAGCACAACAUCAGGCCCUACUCCUGGCCCAGGAUUGUACAGUACAAGCAGGAGUACGAGAAGUACUGGAAGCUGUACAAGAAGUACCUGGAGUCUGACAAAGAUGUCAACAUCAAACAGAGGCUGGAGGAGUGGGAGAAAUCCAUGGACGUCACCAACAUCCUGAAGGCCAGGGCACAGGCCAAGGUCGAGUUUGCUGAGGAAACAGAGGAGAGAGAGAAAGAGAAGAGAGAGGAGAUGAGAAGAAAGAAGGAAGAAAAGAAGAAUGCAGGAGGGGGGUGGUUCAGCUGGUUCUGGGGUGGAACUGAGGAGGAGGAGGCUCUGGAUGAUAUCACAGCAGAAGAGGAGUUGUUUGGGCUGUCUGAGGAAGAGAAGAGGGAGAUCUAUGAAGGAGUGGGCUACAAGGAGGCACAGAAUCCUCAGAGGAUGCCAAAGGAGUAUGUGGCGUACAAGAUACAGGUGGAGGUCCAGAAGAUCAGUGGCUGUCUGACCAGCACUGAGUCCCCGGGGUCAUCCUGUAUACUACAGGUCAUUAUGGACGAGAUGAGGACCUCGUACGAAAACAGACCCGGAGGGGAGGGAAUCAGGGUAGUCAGUAACACAGAGAGUUUUGUGAUUUCUGGCGUUUCCCUCGACAACAAACAGGUCAAACUGCUGACCUCAAAUGGUGGAAUAUACACUGCAGAUUUAUCAGGUCAGAUGUUUUCCAUGGAAUAUGAACUUCGACCUUUGCAUAUCAAAGCUGACCAAUCACUGAAGAUGACAGUGAGGCCCGUGGAAAUCUUCUAUGACCAACACGCCAUUGCGGAGAUUUUCAAUUUCUUCCAAUCCUCGGACCACACACCAGACACGGACAUGAAUGCUCUGGCCAUGGAGAAACUAAGCGGGGUGGUCAAGUACAGCAAAGACAUGCUUCUGUAUGCCAUUGAACAGCAGUCGACCUUUUAUGUAUCUAUUCACAUGAGGUCCCCAUAUAUUGUGUUACCAGAGAAUGGAACUCUGCACAAUGGGGGCCAUGUUUUGGUGGUGGACUUUGGGACCCUGUCUGUGGAGAGUCAGCUACAGGACAAAUCAGAAGACCUCGGGUCGUCCCUCCCCAGCACAGUCCUCCAGAACCAGAUGUACGACAUCUUCCAGGUCAAGGUCACCGAGGUCAAAGCUCUGAUCGCCGACUCAGCGGAGGAUUGGCCGCAGUACCAGACAAAGAGCAAUUCUAGAUUCCAUGUCCUCCCCAGUACACAACUGUCUGUAUCAUUCCAUAAAACCAUUGUACCGGACAACUACCAGAUACCACACCAAAAGUUUGACGUACAACUGCCUUCUUUGACCUUGACCUUGAAUGACAAGCAGAUUCUGGUUCUGUACAACUUCCUGUUUCAUUUCCCCAGCCCCUCUCUGGUGCCCCCCAAGCUUGAGACAACCCGAGAUACAGGGGAGCCUACUCCGCACAGAAUGGUGCUGUCUGAUGUCCAGUUAGACCCAGACAUUGCCACACUGAGGGCGAUCCGUAAAAGUAUCCUGAGACGGCCUGUUUCCCACGCUCACAAGACAAUCACAGAGGAGGGAGGGGUCGAUGGGCCAGGAGCACUUCCACCUAUUCAGUCGGUAGCGGAACUGAUGACAUCUUCAGAGGAGGAUCUGGAAGAUGAAGAUAGGCAGUGGAAGAGUGACACCAGUGUUCGCUCAGUAGAGGACUACCUGACUGACCGGGUUAAGAUGAAGACUUACCUGAGGCUACAGGUGGCAGAGAUGGUACUCCAGAUCUCCCAGGGGGAGGGCAGUGAGUCCCGGGACUACCUGAUGUUCCGUCUGGACCGGAUCAGUGCCGACACAGCGUUGUUGAACUUUGUGGGGGACUCUGGGGCACCCAGACAGUGUGGGUCGGCCAUGUUUGCCAGUGUAGGGGCCCUGAGUUUGGCUGAUAAGUUACACACAGGGGCGACAGGUGCGUACUUGGAGUUGCUGAGGACAGAGUCUGAUAAAGAACUGAUCACAUUCAGCUACAGACAGAUAAACACGGACUGUCCUGACUUUGAUUCAGUGUUUGACAGCACGGAGAACAAAGCCACACUGGUGUGUAAUAGUCUGACCAUCAGACUCGACCAGAUCGGGAUGUGCUACUUCAAGAAGUUCCUGGAGGAUCUACAGAACAGUAUCAGUGAGGUGGAGAAGAGGUGGGCUGGGCCGGUCCUUGACAGUGUGGACGCUCCCCAGGUCCCCCCAAACGUCAGACGCCGGAGUCGGGACACAUCCUCCAUCACCAGUCAGAGAAUCUCACAGCUCGCCCACAGGAUCUCGGCAUUUGUCGAUGAAGUUGAUGCUGAAAUGUCCAAUGUUGUACCCAAGCAGAAGAAUCUGGUCAAAUUCCAUCUGACCUCCAAGGUUCAAAAGGUCACCAUCCAUCUGAGUAACCUUGACAACCCACUGGCUGAGGUGGAUUUUACAGAAAUGGACAGCCAAAUCAGUGUUGAAAAAAGAAAGGCAUGUGUUAGAAGCCAGAUCAAGGACAUGAGUGUGUUGGAUAAAACCACAGGAACACUGUACCCACAUAUUCUGAUGUUGGAGGAAACAGAUAGCCCAUUCUUUUACAUGAAGGUCGAGCAGUUUUGGCACAGAACCAAGAAGACCAAGGUUCGCCGUGGUGGCAAGAAACUGGACUACAAUGUUGAGCUUGUUAUCGGAGACCUUCAGUUGGCCUUUGUCAACAGAUUCCUGUGGGACAUCACUAAAUUCUUUGAGCCGCUAAAGACCCCAGAAUUUGUUGAGGUAGCAACAGCCACUAUGGAAAAUGUCACCAAACAGGUUGCAGAAAUCCAGCCCUCCUCUGUUCGUGUGGGACUGAAGAUAAAUAUGAGAACUCCGACGAUUAUCAUGCCUAAAAUGUCCAAGUCUCCAGACCUGCUACUGUUUAGAUUCGACUCCCUACAGAUCAAUAACUCCAUCAAGACAGAGUAUUUGGCGGACGAAUCCACCCAGGAGUGGAACGACAUCAGCUUCAAGGUCAAAGCCAUGCAGAUAAGCAGAGCCAAGGUCCUGAAUGACAGUUUUGUUGUCUGUCAUAACCUGGCCGAACCUGUCAACUUCUUAGCCUCGGUCAGCCUCGCUUUGGAACCAGUGAAGUCAAAGGUCUUGUACGAUGUGUCAGGAGAUCUCCAGCUAAUGAAGGUUAACAUGUUUCAGUCUGAUCUGAAACUUGUGAUGGAUGUCAUGAGUCUGAACUUUCAGGAAGGGGCACCAAAACCAAGCAAGGUGACAGAACAAGAGUUAUCUCCCCAUCAAACAGGAGAUGAGGAGGAGUUACCUGCCCCUGAGACAACUGGCACCGCCCCAGCCCCCACCACCCCCUACAACGCGGUUCUGACCUUCCAGGGGCUAGUGGUGCAGCUGUUUGAAGAGAAGCAGGGUCAGGAUGGAUCUGUGAAGCCCUCGGUGUUGAGUCGUGUAGAGAUUGGGAAACUGGUUGGGCGUCUAAACACCCAGGCGGACGGAGACAUCCGGACGGACGUCAAUCUGUCACUACAGACGCUGUCAUUGGACGACACUAGACCAAGCAGUGUCAUCGUAAACAAAAGAAUUAUAGACUGCGUAAGGGAAACAAUCAGUGAACAAGAGGAAGAGUUACUUCCCUUGAUUUCUGUUAUUUACAAAGAAAAGACGGAUGGAAACCAAGAAGCUGACAUCCGGAUGGAGAAGAUAACAGUAAACAUCCACAUUCCCUACCUCCAGUCCCUGUACCAGUUCUUCAUGCAGGCCUUAGAGAAGGACAGCCCCACCACCCCCACCCCCCGGGACAGUACCAGUACUGAGGGAGGGGACGUCAUUGAUUCCCCUCCCCCCGAGCCCCAGCCCACAGGGGUUUUCACUCUGUAUGGGACCAUCAAACAGCCUGAGUUCAUUCUGCACGGAAGUGCCGGGGUGACGGAUGAUAGGAUACUAGUCCUGGGUGCUGACAUAGAAUUUAACAUGAGGAAUGAUAGCUUGGAACAAAAGCUGGGGGCAAAGGUCAAGGAGCUAAAGAUGUACAGUUCAAGGAUGGGGAUACGGACGACCUCCAAACAGUGGGUCAUUGAGCCGUGUCAGGUGGAGAUGGAGCGCCGCGUCAGCAACAACCACGCCCACCACCAGGUGUUGCUGUCUGACCUUGAGGUAUAUGUGUCGCCACAGGUCAUCCACCUGUGUUAUGACGUCUCCAAGAUGUUGACGUCAGAAGAGGAUUUGCAGGGAGAAGACAAGGACAAGAAGGAGAAGAUAAUUCUGACCAAUCUGUGGAGCAUCCACAAGACCUCCGCCAAGAAGUGGAUAGAAAAAAUAGACCCAGAGAAGCCCACAAACCCGCUUGCCCAGAGGAGAGCUCCGUCGGAGACGCUGGUGGCCACAUUGGAGAAGAUCAACGUUUAUUUCCGAAUCCGGAAUCUGGAUCAUCACGUGGAUCUACUCCAUCUGUUCUGCUCUGUGGAAACCACCAUCCAAGACUGGUCCAGACAGUUACACAUGAAGGCUGAUGUUGAGUUGAAGGCGUCAUACUUUAAUGAGCGACUGAGUGUGUGGGAACCCCUCAUAGAGCCCGUGUGUGAGACAGUGGGGGUGUACAGACCCUGGUGGGCCGUCAUCAAGAUUGUGAAAGGUAGAAGCUAUCCCAUGGCUUUUAACCAUGUUCAAGAAAAUUUCAACAUGGAGGACUGUCUAAGAAACGAUGUUCAGCACCUGCUACACAAAAGUCUGAGGCGAUCUAGCACCUCAGAAUCCGAGACGGACGGGUCCACGGAAAUGACUGUCCUACGACCGAAGCUGAACGGCAGGGCGUCUCGUCUGGCCAGUGAGCGCAGUCAUGAAUCGCUCAGCCAUCAAGCCAGCAUACAGGGGGAAUCGGACACCGAACCCGACGGACUAAUACAGAGCAUUACUAACAAACUCGGGGGGAUUUUCUCUGAUGAUGACAGUAGCGAGGACGCGGAUAUCAGUGACACGGAUGAUAACGAUGAACUGUUUGAUCCCUCCCUGGAUAAACCCGUGUUUCUAACCCCUAAGGGACCCAUGCAAGCUGGCAGGGACAGAAGAGUUACUUCCUGUCCUUUGUGCUCUUGCUUCACUCCUCACAGCGAAGACCAGGAUGAGGUGGAUGCCCCAUUGCUUGUGUCUGAACAGGACACCAUAGAGGAGGCGGAGCCGGGUGAGGAUGUCCCCCAGUCCUACUACUUCAUCAUGGCCUCCCAGGACCAGCUACUGCUCAACGUGACCCCACGGGCCAUAAAUGUACUCACCGACAUCAACAAGGCAAUGACUAAGCCGGAGUCUCUAGAGAUGGAUACGCUGAAUCUACCAGCACUGCAGAUCUUCAACAAGCUUGGUGUCAAUGCUUCUGUAACUCUCCAUCCUGAUAUCAAGGUUCAUGAGGAAAACAUUGGAGGAUGUAAGCUAUACAAAGAUGGGGAGAGUCCUCAGCCAUGCGACUUUGACACGGUCGAUUCUAGUGAGGUCAAUGUGAAAAGUGAGACGGAUGAAGCGGAUGGCUUGAUUUCCAGCAUUCUGGGUCGGGUGGGCCACAUGGCAGUGUCUGCGGGGGCAUAUGUGUUUGACAAUGAUGAGGAUUACCUUUCUGGUCAGCAACUCAGCCUCAACAGGUUCAGACUCCAUGUGGAUGGCUUCCACCUCUCCUCGACAGUUUCUCACAGAAGAGCCUGUCGACAGCUGAUGCCUCUGCUCCCACACAAGCCAGAGGAUGGUACAGAAGUCAAACAACUGAACAAGACAAAGUACUGGUACCUGCUGGACAUUGAUGUAUGGCAUGGAAGGAAGGUCAUAAAUUUCCUGUCACCCCUUCAGAUCAAGAACAACUUGGGAUGGUCUAUGGACGUUUUCUGUAAGACCAAGGACUUGAAGGUUUACCAGACCGUGGAGAGUGACACAGAAGAGUUCGUUAAGCUGGUUACCUUGGCAACAGGAGAUGUGUACGAUGUUCCACUAUUCGUAGCCUUCCACCUUCCUCUGUUCAUGGCUCCCUCUGACAGCAGUUACAAGAUGACCAGUGACGGGAUUUGGUGGAAGGACUUCCAGGGUCGGGACAAAUCCAAGGUCUUCAGCUGUCCUCUAGCAGAGGCUGACACUGAGCCUUUCUAUUUCAUGGUCAUUUGGGCAGAGGGCAGUAAACUGGUCCCCCCACAAGCUGUACCUGCAGGGGUCCCCUACUACCAGCUAACUCUCAGUCCCCCGGUCAUCCUUCAUAAUUACCUCCCCUACAACAUACAAUAUUCCCUGGAGGGAACAAGAUCUGCCUUUGUGAUGUUAAAGAUGGGAGACUCCUGUCACCUCAACAAUGUCAACCUGAAAGACAGCUACAAGCUACACCUCCAGUUACAGGAUUACCAGGGUGUGGACUGGACCGGGGUCUAUGAGAUCAUACAGAGUCUGGAGGAGUUCAAGGCUGUUUCCAUGUCACCCUAUGACUUUGGAUUUGAAGGGAGCAACAAUAAGCAUUUGACCUUGACAGUUCAUGCGACCCAGCAGCCCACUGUUGACCUUUAUGUGUACAGUCCCUAUUGGCUGAUCAACAAAACAGAUCUGGACAUUCAAGUCAAGGGAUCAAAAUCUGAAGCAGUAUUUGACUGUCCUCCAAACUUGACAUCACCAAUUUUAUUCAGAUUCAAGAAAAACAGACCUAAAAAGGCCAAAAUCAAGGUGUAUAACUCCCGCUGGUCUCAGUCAUUUUCCCUGGACACCGUUGGGAAUUCGGGGGUGGUCAUCUGUAACGACAAGGAGAGAAAGACCAAGUAUAGGCUGAUGCUGCAAUUUAAUUGGUCUGACCUGAAGUUAACCAGGAUUUUGACCAUUACGCCAUUCUUUCUUGUGGUCAAUAAAACAUCUCGAGCACUGAGGUACAUGGAGGAGAACGAGACAACCGAUCUGUGGAUGGACAUCUCGGUUGGAGAGUGUAAACCCUACUGGCCUGUGACAUCCAGUGACAAGAUGUUCAUCAGAUACAGUGAGAGCAGCAUCACAUCGGAGCACUUCCCUAUCAACAGUCUGCAUAACACAGUACUCAGGAUGGAGAACGGGACGGCGGUCUGUGUGGAGGUGACUGGGGGACUGGAGACGUCACGCACCAUUUCCUUCACGGACUACGACGUCGGCGACGCCCCCGUAAAGAUAGAGAACCUGUGUGAGGAUGUCUUCAUUGUCAUCCGACAAAAGGGCCAGCACCAGAUGACGGUAUUAGGACAGGAUCAGGCUAUACUGUACACCUGGGACAAUCCGACAGGAAACCGGACACUGCUUUGGAACGUGUACAAUGGGAAGAAAAGCCAGGAGUCAGAGAUUGAUAUCACCAAGGAUAGCUACAACCCAAAGCGGCUGACAGUGAAGUUAGUACAGUCCUCUAGUACUUACAACUAUAACGACGCGGUGGACGGUCGGGUGGACUCCAGCCCUGAGGAUGAGACUGACCCCGGGGAGGAGGAUGAGGGGGGUGGGGACAGCGUAGACGGAGGGUUGGGCCUCCGGUCCAGACUGAAGACCAAGGCCUACAAAAUGACCAUCUACUGGGUCUCCUUCCUAGACCAGCAACAGAGGGUGGUGCUAUUUACCCAAGACCCUCGGGUGGCGGAGGCUGCAAGGAUGGCACACUGCUCAGGGGUUGAUUCUGCGCAUUCACACCGGCUAAUGCCAUUGAUGUACGAGGGAGAACAUGUGACCUGGUUCUCUCUGAUUUCAUUGGACGGUAUAUCAUUGUCGGUCAUCAACGAGGCGUAUGAAGAAGUAGCACUAGUCAGUCUGAGCAGCCUCCCGGCGAGCUGGGAAAUCGAGGUCAAAAACAGGUGGAAGAUGCUGGAGGAUAUCACCUUGGUGACCUGGCUGGAAGACAAAUGGAAGAACGGUGUGGACCAGGCCAGCUGGGACAACAGAAUUGAGGUGGACUUCCGGAGCAUGAGGAUGACCAAGCCAUACAUUGGAGAUCUGAGGAGAGUAGCCUACCCUGGCCUGUAUUUCCAGCAUCGCAUCUCUGAGCACCAAACCCUGUUCCAUGCAAGAGUCUACAAAAUUCAGAUUGACAAUCAGCUGUUAGAUGCCUACCACCAGACUGUGUUAAGCUGUGUUCCAACCCCCGCCUACCUAGUCAAGAAGAAGGGACCCAAGCCCUGUAUUGAGUUUGGAAUGAUUCGGAGAGUCGUACCUGAGAACAAUGUGGAUACAUUUAGGCAGUUCCAGUUGAUCAUACAAGAGCUGCGUUUGGCAGUAGACUGGGGAUUCAUCGAGUCCAUACAGGACACGUUUGCUGACUUGAUGCCCAAAGAAGCUACAGAAAGUGACAAGUUACAGUCGGACAUCUUGGUAUUACAGCGCCCCCUAGAGGAAGUGGCUGAAGUCAUGGCUGACAAGACACCACACAGAAUAUUCUUUGAAAUGCUCAAGAUUUCCCCAGUAAAGGUCCAUGUAAGUUUUUCUCUGAGGGGGAAUCCUCACUUGACCCGUGAUGUUCAGCCAAGCGUGGCAUCUGAUGUUAAGGAAUUCCUUCGGAACUCCAUUGGUGCGACCUUCACAGAGGUCAAGGACAUAGAGCUCAGGCUUGGAUUCUUUGAGAGGCGUGGUGUCCUCCUUUCCUCAGCACAGAUGCAGACCCAGGCUGUCUCCCACUACCGACAGCAACUGAUGCUACAGAUCUAUGUGGUUAUUUUUGGACUGGAUGUUCUGGGGAAUCCCUAUGGACUCAUCAAGGACAUCACAGAGGGACUGGGGGAACUGUUCUAUGAGCCUCUACUGGACACCAUUCAGGGAGAGGAUGCUUUCUCCAGUAACAUGAUCAGGGGGUUCCAGAACGCAAUGGGUCACAUUGUGGGUGGAACAGCCAACUCUGUCGCCCGGAUCUCGGGAACCCUGGGGAACACCCUGGCAUACCUGUCCCUGGAUGAUGAGUUCCAGAAGAGGAGAGCUCGUAGGGUCCAGCAGCAGCCCAGGAAUAUGCCUCACAGCAUGGCCAUGGCCGGGAAAGGAUUCCUGUCGGGGAUGAAGUUUGGUCUGCUGGGGGUGGUACUAGACCCCAUACAUGGUGCCUCAGAGGAGGGAGUGGAGGGGUUCUUUAAGGGGAUAGGUAAAGGUCUGCUGGGGUUGAUCACCCAGCCCCUAGGGGGCGUGAUGGACAUGGUCAGCAUGGCCUUCGAUGGUCUCCGCAGAUCAGCAGAGAAUGAUGUGGUUGCCAUACGUAUGAGACUGCCCCGGUUCAUCAAUCCUUACAACGGUCUGGAGCCUUACUCCUGGUACCGGGCCCAGGGGAACUUUAUCCUGACCAGUCUGAGGGAAGAACAGAGAGCCCCCAGUAUCUUUGUGGACUUUGCCCCCCUCAGCUAUGACGACCGGGCCGACCUUCUUUUUAUCACAGACAGAACCAUUUUGUGCUUGUCAAAAAAUCGCUUCUCACCUGGGUAUGAUGUCAAAUGGGAGGUAGAGAGAGAGAGGAUCAUGGGAAUUCCGGAAGUGACGGACACUAAACUAGUCUUCACUCUAAAGGAUAAAAAAGGUUCCAUGUUUUCGGGGAAUAUUAUAGAGAUAUCGAGCUCCAGUCCAGAGAUUUUGAAAUGGGUGCAGGAACGCCUGGAACGUGUGUAGGAUUAUUGAUUGCAGCUGAUCUGUAUGAUCAUGGAUUCUAUAGAGAGGUCUGAUCCUUAUUAAACCAACUAGAGGGACUGUUUAGUAUCUCUGAAUUUUCAAUGAAAUAAUGAAGGAGUCUGCUGUAGCCAUGGAUCACUUCAUUGACAGUUCAAUGUGAUUGUUGCUUACCGCCAUUUAAAAGAGAAUUCUCAGACUAGUGCUGAAUUUGACGCCAUGUUUCCAAGAAAUCCAGUGAUUACAUGUCUACUCAAAGACUCCCGUUCAUGGUUUACGUGGCAUAACACUAAGUCAAUAAGUGUCAUUUAUAUUUAUGAUAUUAUUCCUGUGCAAUAUACCUUUUUAAGCUUAUUUUUUUAUAUGAUAAUAUGUUUAUUUUUCUGAUUUGUUAUAACUUUUUGAUCUCUAUUUCUUGUUUUGUUUUGAUUGUUAUCUUGUAAACUCUAUACAUUGGGAGUAUGUUUUUAUUUUGGUGAUAAUGAUGGGUAAAGAUUCUUUAGAUUCUAGCAUCACACAUUCCAGCUGUUUUUCGUAUGUUGCAAACAAUCAUUCUUCUAUCACCUGCUUAAUAGUCUAAGAACAGUUAAAGAUUCUUCAUUUGUAUAAACAAGUCUAUCAAUAUACAUAUAUAAUAUUCAUAAAGUAACUCAUAAUGAUAUCAGUAUCCAGGCAUGUAGCAUCAUUUUUGAAAGUGGGGGGGGCCAGACUCCAAAAAAAAAAUAAAAAAGGAAAUUUGAAUUCCCCAAAAUCUUCAAAAACCUAAUCCGGAGGGAGGGGGGGGGGGGUGGCAUAGUAUAUAACUUCAAUUUCACUUCUAAUUUUCUUAUUUUCAUAUCAAUUUUUUACAUACUCUCCCCCUGAUGCUACGUGCCUGGUAUCUGCAUUUAGAAGUUUUCUAAUAUGAUGUUAAUGAAAUAUGACAUUUUAGUACAUGUGUAUUAGGACAAUUCUUCAUGUGUUAAUCCUAAAAUAGAAUUGUACUGAUCACUUGAAUGGAUCAACUCAUGUUAAAUUUGAAUUGUUUGUAAAAAGAUAUCUAAUCAUGCAUCCUGCAAUGUAAUUUCUUUAGGAUACCUGUUGUUACUAACACUUAUUAAAAGUAAAUGCAGGGUAAAACACAAUGUAGACAUUACAGUUGCUGAGUUUGUAUACUGAUUUGUUGAUUAAUAAUAAUUUUUAUUAGCUUUGACGGUUGUUGUUCAAUGGUGUAACUACAUUUUACCUAUAUGUUUAAACCUAGUCACAUAUAUGCCACACAAUACAAGCCAUAUAAUGCAUGUACAUGUACUAAAUCAAUGAAAUUGAAAAUUUGUAUCAAUAGUAUUAUUAUUACAUGGACAUACAUGUGUAUAUUAAUAUUAGAUUUUUUUUUAAGAAUAAGUCAGGACAAAGUGUCACUUAUUUUUGAAAAAUUCAAAGAUGGAAUAUAAUUUGAUUUUUAUAUCCCAUUAUAACGGGGCCUGAAAUUAUCUUUUACAACAGCUUAUCCAAUGUUUUUGGAGAUUUUUUAUUGAUUUUCAAAUAGAACAUGACAAUGUGUAUCAGUGAUACGCAAAUUAUUAAUUUUUCCAAAGUCAAGAAAUUAUUUCAUUUUUUUUUUACGAGUCAAUUUAUACUAUUUAUAUACUUUAUCUCAUAGCAUUGUUUUCAUCAAGAGAAAACAAUAAAAAAAAAUUCAUUAAGAAAUCAUUGAUUCUUUCUGCUUUGUAAAGUUUAAAUUGAACAUCCACAACAGUUAUGUAACUUUGUAUUUUGCGAUAUUUUAGUAUAUUUUUAGGGAGAAAAAAAACAAGAAAAUGGUGCAAACUGAUUGUAUAAUCAGCCAAAGAAUUUUAGAUGAUUUAUCAAUGUUAGCAAUAUAGUCUGAAUGAUAUAGAGAAAUUAUAUUUAGAGAAUUAAUUUUCUGAACAAUUGUUAGAGUUUUGUUCAUUAGGAUACAACAGUCAUGUACAUAGAAAUGACCUUCUUCAUAGUCUUAAAUUAAAAAUGGUACAUCAUUAAUGGCAUUUUGAACCAAUAGUUCUGUGCUUUGUUGCUUUUAUAAGAUACUUGCACAUUUUCUUUAAUAAUUUUAUCUUGCAUUCGUCCCAUCCCUAAUAUCUGCACUGAACAGUUGUAAAUUCGUUUUUAAUUACAUAUUAGUAUAUUGAGUUCUUCACGAUAAAUUGUACUACUAAUACAUUUUACUAUGAGGAAAAUCAUGAGCGCACUUCUUGUCCAUUAAGUUAGAGAGACUGUGACUUACAAGCCUAUAAAAUAGCAAUGGCUGUGACAAUAGUACAGGCAUAGCUGGAUGUUAUGUAAUUAUGUAUACAUAACUUUGUUAGUGGAUAUUGAAUGGGUUGAUUUGUUUUUAUGAGUUGUUGUUUUAUUUCUGUUGACUUAUAAGCUAGUUGUAUUUAUGUCGUUAUAAUUCCUGUUAUUACAAGAAAGCAAUUAAUUAAACAAGUAAUUUAAAAACAAACAG